CAGGACUGCGAGGCAGCAAGAACAAGGCGUGAAGCAACUUUUUUAAAUGGCUUAUUUAAUGAUUUGAUAGUAAAACUCUGUAGUGUGAAAUCUACAAUUCAAAAUCUCUCUCAAAUUCAACCCUUGAGGAAGUGAGAAGAAAACUCUACCUAUUGGCUUCAUUUGUUUGACACUGAACUCUAAAAACUAGCUGCUGGCAGAACCUUCAGAACUCUAUUCUAUAACUUCUAUUAAAUUAUAUUGAAUCACAAAAAAUGUUCAUCUCAAAGGAAAUCUGUAAAAACUCCACAUGAGUCUUCCAGGCAUCAUGAUCCUCCUUUCUAUUUCCAUCUUCUGGCUCUCUGUCUGUGUGUACUCCAUCAGUGCAGAUCCUCCCAUUACUGUAGAAGCUCAUGUGGGUUCCACAGCUCUCCUGCCAUGUACCCUGAGUAAAGACUUCACCCAAACAUCAGUUAUUCGGUGGCGUGCUGAUAAUGAGGUUGUGUUUGAGAGAAGCUUUGAUGAUACACAUGAGGGUCCAGGAUAUGAAGGACGUGUGGACGUUCCUGAGGACGAGCUGCAUAAAGGAAACUGUUCUCUGGUGUUGAAGGACCUCAGAGUCACUGAUCACACUUUCUACAGAUCCUUUGUGCUGGAACAUGUGGAGGAUACAAACACUGACAAAAUACAAGAAAUCAACACAGUUCAACUCAAUGUUUUUCAGAGUGUAUCAGCUCAGGUGGGAUCCACAGCAGUGCUGCCAUGUGACUGGAGACAUCUGUCCAUCCAAACACCUCAUGUUGAGUGGAGUAUUGGUCGUGAGACUGUUUUUGAGCGAAAGGGUAAAAAGUCAUUUCAGGGUGAAAGAUAUGAGGGACGUGUGGACGUUCCUGAGGAAGAGCUGCUUAAAGGAAACUGUUCCCUGGUGUUGAAGAACGUCAGUGUUACUGAUGAAGCUCGGUACAGCAGCUACAUGGUAGUGAUCAACACAAAGAAACCUGUGUUGGUCCAGAACAUUAAACUCUCAGUCAGGGUCACAGAAAAAUCUGAAUCAGCUCCUUUAGGUGAAGCUGAUGGAAUGAACCUGCUGAUCAUCAUCACUGUUUGCAUCAUGUGUUCAGUUCUUCUUAUAUUUAUUGCAAUUUUAAUAUGGAGGAAAAAUCAGUGUAAUUUCACACACUGCAGAGACUCCAGUGAUCUCAGGAGCUCCAGCGCAUGGAAUAAUAGAAAUGAGGAAGAUCUCAGUGUAUCUCCUUUAAAACAACAAGCGAACGACAGUGAGAUACAGGAGAACAUUUCUGAUUCAAGUCAAGAGUCAAGUCAAGAGGCUUUUAUUGUCAUUUCUACUUUACACAGUGAUACACAGUACACAGAAAAAAUGAGAAAACGUUCCCAAAGAAAUGUGGUGCUACACUAAACAACAUAGAGCUACACAAAGCUACAUAAUGUGCAUUGAGUGCAAACUUUUUGAUUGAUGCUCACAUGAAACUGUGAUCCGGAAACACCACACUAUCAGGACAUAUGCACAAAUAUACAAUACAAACAUGUAAAACAAGGAACUUGCUUCAAACAAAAGAGCUUAGAACAUGGAAGAAACCAAUGGAGAGCACAGCAAAAACCACUCGACAUCUACAUAAGCUUCAGAACGAGAUGCUGGAAAAACUGGUUGAUGACACUGCUGCUGCUGUCUGUACUGCUUUAACAUGUUCACACAGGUUAAUAACAGAUUUAUUUAACACGAUUGAGAACAACAUGAACCACAGGACAGAGGCAGUGAGAACAAAUCAUAUUUCACAUUCUUUAUCAAGAGCAAUAACCAUGUUUAUCCUACAUGUACAAACCCCAAAUUAUGUUCUAACACGUCCUUUCCAAUGGAUUCUAGUUUGUUUCCAGCAGUCUCAGUGUGUAUGAUGGAACGAAGCCCCGUCAAUUCCUGAACAUCACGUUUAGAAAUUCAUGAUUCUCUUAUCAGAAAAAGGGAAAAACACUGUUGUUUUUUUUUUCUUUUGCCUCCUUUUGUUUGAGUUUAUACAGAACUUUGUUUCUCUUUCUGGACAACCAGUCAAGUGCAUCCAUUGGACAGCAUUCUAGGCCUCGGCCCACCAGCCUGUCACAUGAUUGUCACUUUUUGAGAAGAUGUCCCUCAAAAACACACAAUACAAAAAAUGUGUAGUUAAAAAUAUUUAUAAUUUUGAUAUGAUUUUUUGAUCUGCAGCUUCUGGUCAGUGUUUCAUUAGCAACAAUCAGUUCAGAUUUUUACGUUGUAGUGUGAAUUGUAUUAUACUGUGUGUUUGUACAGUAUUCUUGUUCCAAAGUCAAAUAUCUCAUCAGAACAUUCAGAACACGGAGAGCAGAUCCGGGAGCCGUGGACUCGACUCCUCCAGAGAGGAAUUAACAUUACAGUUACAUUACAGAGUUAAGAAGAAAAAGUUAAUAAAUAGGAUGUAUGACAAAUAUGUAAAUAUCAAUACACUAAUUUGUUUGUUUGUUCGUGUAUUUUUUCAUUCAUUGUCAAAUGCUCCACACUCCAGUAGGAAAAUUCAUUUAAAAAACAGACUAUAUUACCCAGAUUUCGUAGCGGAAAUUUUCAAGAAAGGAACUGAAGCAAUUGCUUUAAAUGUACUGAGUUUUGUUUUUGAUAGGUUUUUAAGAAAUUUGUUUUAAUGCUUGAAAAAAACAAAAUUUAAUUUUUAUGCUUUUACAGGUCACAUGACAUGUUUGUGCUCUUUCAUUUUAUUGACAUUUUAAAUUAAAUUUUUACAUAUAAUUUAAAUGCAUAAAAAACAUUUGGUUUAGAAAAAGCCAACUUCUUUUUGUG